UUCCCACUUUAAGUAGGAGCUUAAACCCUGGUUCUAAAACACACCAUGGCGCUCAUUGCACAGAGCAUUUGGGUUUCCCUCUCAACUCCUAAACGUUCUGGAUAUUUUCAUCGAAGUCCCCAUUCCUUACCUGCUCUUAGAGUGUCCAUGUCAUCUUCCUUGACAGCUGAACAAGUGACCUUUACCAUAUCAGGCACCUUCUCCUCUCUGAAGAAACAAGGAAAGGUGGCUUUAGUACCUUAUAUCACAGCAGGUGAUCCUGAUCUUGAAACAACGGGAAAAGCAUUGAAAAUUUUGGAUUCCUGUGGCUGUGAUGUAAUUGAACUAGGAGUACCCUACUCCGACCCUCUAGCAGAUGGUCCAGUCAUUCAGGCUGCUGCGACACGAGCUCUACAGCGGGGAACCAAUUUUAGUUCUAUUGUUUCCAUGCUGAAGGAGGUUGUUCCUCGUAUAUCUUGUCCAAUUGCUUUAUUUUCCUACUACAACCCAAUACUGAGACUUGGUAUUGAGAAAUUCAUACUUACAAUAAGGGAUGCCGGUGUUCAUGGACUUGUGGUGCCGGAUCUUCCCCUUGAGGAAACUGAGACAUUGAGAAAAGAAUCUAUUAAGCAUGGAAUUGAGCUGGUACUGCUCACAACACCCACUACUCCAACAGAUCGAAUGAAAGCUAUUUGUGAGGCUUCAGAAGGGUUUGUAUACCUUGUAAGCUCUGUUGGUGUGACUGGUGCUCGUGCCUCUGUGAACGCACGUGUUGAGGCUCUUCUAUAUGAGAUCCAGCAGGCAACAAGCAAACCUGUGGCUGUGGGAUUUGGUAUAUCAAAACCAGAGCAUGUAAAACAGGUAGCGGCAUGGGGGGCUGAUGGGGCAAUUGUUGGCAGUGCCAUGGUGAGGAUAUUGGGUGAUGCAAGCUCUCCAGAGGAAGGGCUCAAGGAACUUGAGUCUUUUACCAAGUCUUUAAGAGCUGCAUUGCCUUAGUCAUGUAGUUGUGCAAUUGAUUUUGCUUCUUUUUUUCUUGUCCUUUUAUUGGGGGUUUGAUUUAAAUGUCAAACAGUGUUGACUACAUGUCAUGGGAGGGCUUUGAGCCUGCAACUGUGUGAUGCAGUUAUCUUCCGUCCAGCAAUUUUAAUUUUUGUAGCUGGUGAUGUGUAGACUAGUAUGAUGAAAUAAAUUGGUAAACCUUGAAACUUUCUA